AUGAACGAAAGACAAAAGGCUGAAUUAGAAGGAAAUAAAGGAAAAAGUUUAUUUUGCAAGAUUUCACUUAAUGGAUCAUAUGGUUACGAUGCAAUGAAUACACAAAAUUACGCAAAGACUAAAAUAAUGAAUGCACAGAAGGCACGCGUUGCAUGUAUGUCAAAUAAGUUUAAAAACAUAAGAGAAAUAGGUGAAGAUACAUAUCAAGUGAUGCUUAAAGAUAGAUUUUAUAGAUGUGAUACAUGUUUACAAGAGGCAUUCUUCACUUUAGAUAAUGCUAAAUACUGGUAUUUGGUUUUCAUUUAUGAUUUUAUGUAUAAAUGCAUGGAUGUUAAUCGUUUUCAUUUCAUUGAAGGUGAUACUGAUUCAUCUUAUUGGGCAAUCGCUGGCGACCCAAAUCUUCCUAACACUCAAGCAUUUCAAGCAAUUGUUACCGAUAAAAAAUUUUAUGAUAAAAACAUUUUCAAAUUCGCACCAUUUGAUUUCUUCUGUUUUGAUGAGAAAUUUAAACCUAAAUUAAAGAAUAAAGCUGAAGAAAAAGCACAUGAGAAAAAAUUAUUGGGUUUAGCAAUUGAGAAACAAGGUGAUAACAUGGUUGCUUUAUGUCCUAAGUGUUAUACAUCAUUCAACGGUUCAAUUGAUGGAAGUGAUUUUAAAAAGAUUGCACAAAAAAUGAAGGGUGUUAGUUUAAGACAAAAUAAGCAAUUAACACCUAAAAAAUAUUUGGAUAUAAUAAAUGAUAAAGUGAUAUUUGAUGGUCAGAAUAUUAAUUUACAACUUAAAAACGGGUCAAUGACUCGCUUAACAAUCGGUAAGACUGCAUUAACAGGAGCACACACUAAGGCUGUAUGUUGUGAAAAUGGAUGUUGUAUGCCAUUUAUUUAA